AUGGCAAACAGUGCCUCUCCUGAACAGAAUCAAAAUCACUGUUCAGCCAUCAACAACAGCAUCCCACUGAUGCAGGGCAACCUCCCCACUCUGACCUUGUCUGGAAAGAUCCGAGUGACGGUUACUUUCUUCCUUUUUCUGCUCUCUGCAACCUUUAAUGCUUCUUUCUUGUUGAAACUUCAGAAGUGGACACAGAAGAAAGAGAAAGGGAAAAAGCUCUCAAGAAUGAAACUGCUCUUAAAACAUCUGACCUUAGCCAACCUGUUGGAGACUCUGAUUGUCAUGCCACUGGAUGGGAUGUGGAACAUUACAGUCCAAUGGUAUGCUGGAGAGUUACUCUGCAAAGUUCUCAGUUACCUAAAGCUUUUCUCCAUGUAUGCCCCAGCCUUCAUGAUGGUGGUGAUCAGCUUGGACCGCUCCCUGGCUAUCACGAGGCCCCUAGCUUUGAAAAGCAACAGCAAACUCGGACAGUCCAUGGUUGGCCUGGCCUGGAUCCUCAGUAGUGUCUUUGCGGGACCACAGUUAUACAUCUUCAGGAUGAUUCAUCUAGCAGACAGCUCCGGACAGACAAAAGUUUUCUCUCAAUGUGUAACACACUGCAGUUUUUCACAAUGGUGGCAUCAAGCAUUUUAUAACUUUUUCACCUUCAGCUGCCUCUUCAUCAUCCCUCUUUUCAUCAUGCUGAUCUGCAAUGCAAAAAUCAUCUUCACCCUGACACGGGUCCUUCAUCAGGACCCCCACGAACUACAACUGAAUCAGUCCAAGAACAAUAUACCAAAAGCACGGCUGAAGACUCUAAAGAUGACGGUUGCAUUUGCCACUUCAUUUACUGUCUGCUGGACUCCCUACUAUGUCCUAGGAAUUUGGUAUUGGUUUGAUCCUGAAAUGUUAAACAGGGUGUCAGACCCAGUAAAUCACUUCUUCUUUCUCUUUGCCUUUUUAAACCCAUGCUUUGAUCCACUUAUCUAUGGAUAUUUUUCUCUGUGAUUGAUAGACUACACAAGAAGUCAUAUGAAGAAGGGUAAGGUAAUGAAUCUCUCCAUCUGGGAAAGAUUAACACAAAUGUUGGAGCAUGUUUACAUACAAACAAAGUAGGAUUUACACUUAAGUUAUCAUUCUUUUAGAAACUCAGUUUUCAGAGCCUCAAUUAUUAAGGAAAAGUCUUCAGGAAAAAUACUAAAAGAUUUUCUCUUCCUCAUAAGCUUCUAAAUUAAUCUCUGCCUUUUCUGACCUCAUAUAACACAUUAUGUAGGUUUCUUAUCACUUUCUCUUUGCAUAAUAAUGUACUAAUAUUUAAAAUACCUUCAGCCUAAGGCACAAGGAUGCCAAAAAAACAAAGGUGAGAAACCACAACACAGGUCUAAACUCAGCAUGCUUUGGUGAGUUUUUCUCCAAAAGGGGCAUAUUAGCAAUUAGAGUUUUAUGCUAUAUAAUACAUACAGCACAGAGCCCUUUGCCCAUAAUAUCAACUUUCCCUCCUAUAGUUAAAAAGUAAAAAAAAUGAAUCUAUUUUUCUCUUUGGCUUCAAAAGCAUUCUGAUAUUUGGAGGAGUCAGUAACCAACCCCACCAACCAGCCCAGCAACCUGACAAGACUAUGAGUUCUCCUUCAUCCUAUUUAUGUGGUACAGGUUGUGAAGUAUCUCUAUAUAAAGGGAAAUUUUAGAGGGGUUAGGAUUUGGACAGGGGUUUAGAACAUUCCUCUAGGCUAUCUAGUCUGUGGAGUUUGUGGCAAUUAAUUGCCAUAAAAUAACAAUGUUUCCAAAUGCAACUAAGAAAAUACUCAUACUGAGUAUGCUCUAUGCAUAGUAUGACCUCUAUUUUAAUGUGAAGAAUUUUUUGUCUCUCUCCUGAUCUUACUAAAUCCAUAUUUCAUGAAUAACUGAGAAAAAAUAAAACAAAAUUAAGCAAAUGCACAAGCAAAAAGAUGCUUGAUACACAAAAGGAACUCUGGAGAGAAAACUACAGCUUCAGUCUGUACAGAUCAAAGAAGACAGAACAUGUCAGGGUAAGGAGGGAAAGAUCUUGAUGCAGGGUUUCUUAACCUGCAGUCUAUGCACAACACUAUAUUUCCAUGUAAUGUUUUUAUUUCAGCCCUAUUUGUAUUAUUUUGUGCAUUUAAAAAACACAAUCUUAAGGGGAUAGACUAGACUGCCACAGCAGCCCAUGGCACAACUGUCACCUACUGAUAUUCACAUUAAAUAGUAUGGUUUCCAAAAUAUGUCUGCACAACAAGACCUCUUUGUUUAAUUCAGGCUUGUGUCUACCUCUUCCAUGAAAAAUGGAAAGGGAUGAAAAUAAUGGGAGUAUAAUACCCAUUUAAUGUGAAAAACAUAAGAGUCUUAAAAGAAAUUAAGCCAUUUAACAUUUUUUAAAUAGGUAAGAUACCAUUAUAUUUAUAUGAGCUAUGUACUGCCACACAAAAGAUGAAAUGUAAUUUCUAAAUACUCCAGGUGUGUGGUAUUAUGGAAAGCAAAUUGCCAACUAAUGGUACGUCCUUUCUUUCUUUGAUUUUCUCCUCUCAUACUUCAGUUUUAUAGUGUUGUGUUGUUGUUUUUUUCAUAUCCUACCUUAUUUUCCAAUUCUGUCUCAAUUGAACUCCCUCUGUGUACUCACUCUUUCAUUCAUAGCUUCUUUUUCAUUAAACUCAUAUGUUUAAUUAACCAAUUCAUGGCCCAGUUCUACAGUUGAAUUGGACAAGGCUAAAAUUCUGUAGUGUGCUAAAAUGCUCAAGUUGGCACAUAAACCCAUUCCAAGAUUUUAUAGUUCUUGUAGAUAACACAGGGAUGUAGGUAAGUUGAAACAAAACCAGUGUCCUCUAAGUCUCUAUCAUAUACUUAUUCCUAAACUGAUAAUUCUUACUUCUGGAUUUAAAAGCAAAAAUAACACACUUGUACAGAUACAAUCUAAGGGCUUUAUCACACAUGUGUUUAACGAAUGUAUCUCAGCUUGGUUCUUCUUGUGUGCUCAUUAUGGAUCUCUCUCUCUUAGGAAUUGCCUCAGGCAUUUUUUUUUUUACACAUUAACUAAAGGGCUAUUCAAAAUCUUGACUCAGGGGUUCUUAACCUACAUUUCAUGCAAAAAAUAUACAUAUUUCGACGUAUUUUUUAUUUUAGUCCUAUUUGUAUUAUUUUAUGCAUUUAAAAACACAAUCCUGAGAGGGAUGGACCAGACUGCCACAGCAGCUCAUAGCACAAAAAAAGGUGAAGAAGUCCUAGUUGACUUUGUAUAUAUAUAAAGAAGUCUAUUACAAUAAAAAUAUAACAUAAUCUAUUCAUCUGUUUAUAUGCAAACAUAAAAAUGUAAAUAUUGAAACAAGAUUGCUUCAAUAUGCUUAUUGUUUUCAAACCAACAAACUCUCUUAAGGUUCAAUAUGUAAUAAAAAACAUAACACAAAUAAUUAUUCUAUAUGAAUAUUAUGGUCCAUAAAUUAUAAUGUAUAAUCUAUGCAUUAUAAUGUAAUAUAUAAACUAAAAUUUAUAGCACAGAAGAUAAAUAUGGCUUUGAAAUUAAAGAUAUUCCACUCAACAGACAAUAUUUCAUAUUCGAUAUUACAAUCAUUUAUUUUAUGUCCUAUUAUAAUAAAAGGUGAGGACUCCUUGUAAAAAAGGAAAUGUUCCACAGAGUCAAUGUAAUAUAUCAGAUAUUUGAGAUUCUAUCUUGGUUUCUCUUCCUUUACUUAGCCUAUAAAACUAGUUAAAAAUGGAAUUUCUUUUAGCAAUUCAGUUUAGUACAGGAGUGACAUUAACUAAUGACAAUAAAUUGAACAAAGCCUACAUUAGUUCAAUUUAAGCCUAUUCAACAGAAAUAUAGAAAUAUAGUAGCUAAAAAAAUACUCUGGGGAAGGUACCACAAACAUUAUCUACCAGGGAACAUAGCAUAAAUUAGUUUGAAAUUUCCUGAGAGUGACUUUGUCUUAGAACUUAGGUGGUAGUCAUGAAGAGAUAAUGUUUUUAGGCAGUUAAAAUACUUCUAGAACUCCAUCUAUUUUACCUGUGGUCCACUUUCCUACAUUGAACCAAUGCCUUGGGCUUCUCUAAUUACUAUACAUUGUGCUCAUAUGAAUAAAAGAAAUUUUAAAAGAAAAAAAAAUCAGAUUCAAUAUAAUCUUGCUUAUCAUUUUUAUGAUUAUUAGGAAUCAAGUUUAAAACAAUUAGUCUAACUUUAAAAGUUAUAUAAAACGUAUGCAUAGCAGCAAUAGAUAAAUAUAUAUGAAAACUGUUAAUAUAGUUAUCUGCAUGAUUUCUUAAAAAUUUCUUCCUUGUGAAUUCCUGUAAUUCCAAAUUCCCAAAAUGAACUCAUAUUGCAUGUGUAUUAAGAGAAAACAUAAUAAAUGUUAUAUGUGUGUGUGUUUGUCUGACUUUUAUUUUAUACAUCAUUGUUUCUAUUAGAAGGUGUUCUGUUCUAAGGAAUAAAAAUGUCAAACUAGAAGUGGCAUUUUUCCAUCUCAUGUUAUAGGAUGUCCAGAGGUAGACAUGCAGAAUCAGUUAAGUCAGAGCUUUGAGUCAGCUUCUCUGAUUAUACUAGGCUUUUUUUUUUUUUUUUCCUGACUAGAAGUUGGCUGUCACCAUUCUAGGGGUCAAAGGCAGAAAGAAAGGGUCACUUCUCAUUAUGGAUCUCUCUUUCCCAUAACUCUCAGUACUUCCCCUUAAAUUGGCUAGAACUGGGACACAUGACUGACCCUAAACAAAUCACUAGCAAAGAUUAUCUUGAAUACUUUAAAGGAAUAAUUUGUCUUGUGGGACAGUGUUCAGUUUCCCUGAACACUCAGCAAUCUGAUAACUAAAAAAAAUGGAAGGCUUUUUCUAUUUUUUAUUUUUCGGGUGGGGAGGAGGAAGAGAGAAAAAUAGACCGUUUUCUGACCUUUUGGGUCAGAAAACUGCAGUCCUUGCAAUAAUCACCAAUUAACUUUUCAAAACAAAAUUUAAACUACAUAUGCCACAAAUUUAAGUAGCACAUAAUUUAAAUACAAUGCAUAAAAACUAAAUGAAGCCCUGAAGCACAAUGAUUGCACAGUAAAUGUAGCUCUAAGGGAAAGGAACGGAUUUUCAUUGUUUUUCAUAAAUUAAAUCCAAAUAUUUUAAACUCUAGUGGUUAGAAUCUUUAUCUGAUGUAUAGCGGAUAGGUUCUGCCUAAUUACUUACUUUCUUGGGAACUCUUGGCUCCUGUUUUUUUCUUCAUUUAUUUGUUUGAUUUUAUAACUAGUUCAUUGGAUAAGAAAUGUUCACACUUUUUAAAAAUUCUGGCCAUCACUUCAGAUUCAGAGAACAAUUAUCGAGUAAGUUAAUAAAUAAAUGGCAAAUUGAAAUGGAUUUCCUAUAAAGCUAAUGAAACUUAAUUUCCAAAUUCCUCACUUAUUUCAGUCCACUCUUGGGGCCCUGGAAAAUAUGUUUUCAUGUGGUCACAUGUUUUUAUAAAACCCACACCAAAAAAAAGUAUUUUAAUUGCAAUUGGUUAAGACUGUCUCUUUCCACUCUUGCUUUCCCUCUGUCACCCUUCCCCGCAGAUGAAGUGGUAUUGAGAUGGCCAUGUGUACUUUUGGGACCCAGCCAAGAGGAAUUUGAAUUAAGAAUAUCUUUAGAUUGACUCUAGAGGGAUAGCGUGUGGUUCCUGGUCGCUUUCAUGUUGAGCUAAGUCAUUGCUAACCAUUGCAAGAAACUUCCAGGCAUAAUACUAGAAAAAAUACCUACUAUAGUGACUUAUCUGGCAUAGUGACAGGAAAGUGUAGGGCCAGAGGUCAUAUCAUGAUAUCAAUGUGUCUAGACCUAUGGCAACAGAACCAUGUAAGUGGUGAGAAGAAAACAAGACACAAAAUGUACAGAAGCUUCUCCAUGGAAAAUUAUUGUACAUGUACACCCAAAGGUGAUUCCCAAUAAGGUAUGCCCUUAUAUAAUCCCCUUUCUUUGAGCAUGAUUGGAACCUGUGACUUGCUUUCAAUCAUACUUUGCCUAUGGCAAAUUAAUGAUGUCAUUCCUUAAUCAGGUUACAUGAUCAAGAAAAGGUGCUAGGAUAUCAGUCCUGUGAUUACAUUAUAUUAUAUAAGACUAUCUUAGCAAACUGAAGUGAGAAAUUCACCCUUAAGCAAACAGUCAUAUUGUAAAAUGCCUUUGCAGAGAGCUAUGUGGCAGAGAAUUGUGGACAGCCUCUAGGACCUGAGAGUAGCCCCCAGUGGACAGCCAGUUAAGAAGCUAGGGCCUUCAGUCAGACAGAGAAAUGAAUUCUUCCAGCAUUCUGAAAAAGCCUAGAAGUGGAUUCUUCCUUUGUCAAACCUCCAGAUAAGCACACAGUCUGCAAGCACCUUGAUUAUAGCCCGGUGAAACCCUGAGCAAAAGACUCAGUUUGUACCUGGACUCCUUACCCAUACAAGCUAUGAGAUAAACAUGUAUUGUUUUAAGACACUAAGUUUGUGGUGAUUUGUUAUGCAACAAUAGAAAACUAAUAUACUUAGCAGGAAAAGCAUAAGGAAUAGAUUUGGUCCUUAUCAAAUCCUAGUCAAAAUGGAAAUUCUCUCUUUUCAGAAGUACACUGAACAAUGCAGCAGCGUAUACAACUACAAACCCCCCUACAUUUUUUUCUUUUGAUUGGAAAUGUACAAGAUCCAAUUUAUGAGAAUUCCUGUGCUUCUAGGGCACAAAACCAUAGCAGUACUAGAAACAGCAAGUACAUCUUUUUUAUGCAUUGCAAUGUGUCAGAUUUCAUGCUAGGAUGUCAUUAGUAAUAAACAGUUGUAAAACUGAAAGAAAACUUUCAAAGCUAUCAAUAUAUAAAAAAUGGUAUUAUAAAAUAUUGCUAUACUAAAAUAUAAUCAAGUAGCAUGCAGCCAAAAUAUUGUAGAAGAAAAAAAGUACUUUAGAGUUAAUGUCAAGCAGUUAAUAAUAAAAUAUUACAUUAUUUUUUAUAGAUUUAAUGAUGUUUGUGGUAUUCGUCAGUAUAAUGUUUUAGUUUUCUGUUGUUGUCAGAGAUAGGGUCUCGCUCUUUCACCCAGGUUGGAGAGGUGUGAUAAUAGCUCACUGCAACCUCCAACUCCUGAGCUCAAGAAAUCCUUCUGCCUUAGCCUCCUAAGUAACUGGGACUGCAGGCGUGCACUCCUAUGCCUGGCUAAUUUUUUUAUUUUUAUUCUUGUAGAGAAAGGGUCUCACUAUGUUGCCCAGGCUGGUCUCAAAACUCCUGGCCUCAAGUGAUCCUCCCACCUCAGCCUCCCAAAGUACUGGGAUUACAGGCAUGGGCCACCUCGUCUAGCAAAAUAUUUCCUUUUAUACCCACUUACAGAAAGUCUACCCAUAUGUAAAAACUUCAGACCUCAGAAAACAUGGAUCCUUAUAGUAGGAACUAAACCCCUGCAUUAUUUGUAAGACCACCUCCCAAAUUAACAUGCCAGUCCUGGUAAAGUGAUUCACAUCUUAUUUUCUAUGCCGAACUUACUAUCUCAGUGAUCUCCCCAGAAAGCUAGGAUAAGGUCCUGCCUUACUCUUGCCAUUCUAAUGCCUUUAAUGCCUUCUCUCUAAAAUUCUUGGAACUGAAGUCUGUUUUUUUUGUUGUUGUUUUGUUUUGUUUUUUUGAGAUGGAGUUUCGCUCUUGUCUCCUAGGCUGGAGUGCAAUGGCCACUAUCUCGGCUCACCGCAACCUCUGUCUCCCAGGCUCAAGUGAUUCUCAUGCCUCAGCUCCCCUAGUAGCUGGAAUUACAGGAACUCGCCACCAAGCCCAGCUAAUUUUUGUAUUUUUAGUAGAGACGGGUUUUCACCAUGUUGUCCAAGAUGGUCUCGAACUUUUGACCUCCACCAGCUUCGGCCUCCCAAAGUGCUGGGAUUACAGGUGUGAGCCACCGUGCCUGGCCUGAAGUGUGCUCUUAAACCAAUAUUAAUUGGAGAGGACAGGCUAACUGAUGGCAGGCUUUCCUGCUACAAACUAUAUGCCAGUCUAUGUACCAAAAUUGCUAAUUAUAGAUUGCUAAUUACUAUGUUCAACCCACCUGAUAGAAUGUAUCUUGCUAUGCUCUAAUCCAUUUCUUCAUCACUAGUUGCUCUCCUGAACUUUCCAUUAUCUAUCACUAAAUGUGCCAAUUGUGUUCUACUUCCUAGGAGGUACCUUCUAUCAUUAUUAACAGCUGGUUCCUCUGCAACAGCUGCCUAUCCCAAUAGAUGUAGUUCCUGGAACCAACUCCCCAAAGUCUUCCCAAGUCCAUUGCUAUCAGAUAACUAUUUGAUGACCAGCUAAUUGACAAAAUAAAACCAUCAUCAGAUUAGCACCCUCAAAUUCAAUAGAAAACAGAUACCAAAGAAAUAAAUAUGCAAAAAUUGACAGAUCCAUCAGAUGAGAGCAUCUCAAAUUCCCACCACUAAAUUUUAAAUCUUCCUAAACUACAUUUUUUUCUAUUUUCAUAUCAUGAUGGAAGACUUGUCCCUGCUCCUCUUAAAGCUGAACCCCUCUACUUACGCUGUAGCUAUCAUACCCUCUUACACUUUGAGGACAUAAUUUCUUCAACUAUUCCCUCUUUCUCUCACUUACACCAUAGAUCUCCCCCUUUUUACCAAAUUCUCACUGGCAUGUAACAGUGCUUUCUUAUCCUAAGUCUUCAAAAAAAUCAUUUUCAACCACAUAUUCAAUUUCAGCUUCGUGUCCUACCAUUUCUAAACUCCCCUUCACAGAAAAUUUCUUGAGUUGUUAGCACCAGAUAACUCCCCUUCUUUACUUCCCUUUUAAUCUUCAAUGCCUGUUAACUUGCCUCAAUUUUUUUUUUUUUUUUUUU